AUGGUGGUGGUAGCGGUCGUUGUUGGUGGUGGUGGAGCGGUAGCGGUAGUGGUGAUGGAAUGUGGUGGAAGGCGGUGGUGGUGGAAGGCGGCGGCGGUGGUGGUGAAAGGUGGUGGCGGC